CCGGAUACACCUCGAGACAUUUCUCAACAGUUCACGAUGAUGGGUGACUUUUGGCUGGGAGAAGCAACAAAGUGGAUGUUGCUAUUGACUCUUGCUGGCAAUUUAUGGAAUCCUCCGUUUGUCAGCAGCGAAACGUGCAAUUCUAAAAUCAGAAUAAGACCCGUUGUCGACAUCUCUUCAAGUCCAGAAAAUGUCAGUUUAGCCGUUGGUGCCUCCAUAACUCUGACUUGUAAAGCAGAGCCGAGAGCUAUAGAUACAGGUUAUUUGGAUAGAUGGGUCAAGUAUAUUCAGUGGUACAACCCAAAUGGCACAGAAGUUGGAGCAAAAUGCCAGCAGCCUUCAAACAUAUUUGCAUAUAAACGAAAAUUCAGCUGUCCAUUGGUGUUUAAAAAUCUGACAGAAGACGAAUUUGGCCACUAUAUUUGCCAAGCGGGCAAUCGUUAUAAUAAACACUGCACAAGGCAAUCAUUUGCAAUAGGUUCUGCACCGGUUUUUUUGGAGGUUCCAAGGAAUCAAAGUGUUUACAUAGAUUCCAAUGUCACUUUCGAUUGCAAUGCUACUGGUCUUCCAAAGCCAAGCAUCUCCUGGAUCAAGAACGAUGAUUUUCAUACCUUGCAAUCCAACUCAAGUACAAAGGAUAAGAAAAGCAUCCACAGUGAGCUCUCCAUAACGAAAGUGAAGAAGGAAGAUUUUGGCGGAUAUAAAUGCGUGGCAAUUAACAGCGUUGGAAAAAAGGUAUCAUUAUCGGCCUUCUUAAGCCUGAAAGAAAAGCGGGAAGACCCAAAAACCCAAAGUAAUUCAGUUGAUUCCAACGGAAUUUUCAGCCUCACUGCCACUUGUCAUUCCAAGCCAAACAAGAGCAAUGAUUCAAAUGUUUCAAAAACUAAUUCAAUGGUAAAGUUCAUUGCAACUUCAGAUGCCUCAAAAUGCCAUAGCAUACUAAGCAUAAAGCUUAUCAACGAGAGGACGAACGAAGAUGGAGGUACAUAUCAAUGCCGAACAUCUGGAAAGGGAAAGUCAAAAUUGGCCUCUUUACACGCAAAGGAAGAAAUUACAGAAACAAGACUACAAGAAAGCUCAACUACUCAGAUUGCGAUAACAAUCGCUGCAUCUUGUGUGGUGGCAACCUUGCUUAUCAAUAGUAUUUUGGGGCUUUUGUGGUACAAGCGAUUUAAAGGUGGCAAAAAGUCGGAGGGACAGCGAAACGUCGUUAGGGUCCAUAUGAACAAUGGCAGAUACCCAACAGUCGUAAUUGCGCAGGAUACUGAAGAGCCCUUGUUGCUCUGAGCAAAGAACGCGGAAAGGGUCGACGAAAAGCUCCGGCUGUGUGCAGUGGGGAAUCGUUUGGGUGACAUGGAACUUUGAUGGAACGAAUUAUAGACGAUGCACACUGGCCACAGUAUUAGUAUUUUAACUAGUGUAGGUAAUCAAAUGAUUUCGAGUGCAAUUUUGAAUAAAUAAACACGAGUAAAUAUUUUCAAGGACUAACAAAAUUGCAUGAGCCCGUAGGGCGAGUGCAAUUUGUGGUCUUUGAAAAAAUUAACAUUUGCUUAUUUAUUCCAAACUUCACGAGAAAAGUCAUGUGAUUACGUAUUAAUAAUAUACAUGAAAAAAUACGAGAUAGCUUAUCAUAAUUAUGCAGAAGCAGAGCGCGCGCAUCAAGUGUAAGAAUAAUUAUUCAAGCCUGUGCAUUCGGUCAAAACAGCCGCGCACGAUGAAAACAGUAACAUACAAUGAUAUUUUCACAUCUAUAAGGCGCAAAAAUGUUCAAGAUCCGGCUAAACAGUCCAAGGAAUUAUUCAGUCUGUGUCCGAAUCACUUUCGAUGGAAUGGAAUCGUCGUUUGCAAGGUUUAAUCAUGUUUUUUUUUUUUAAUUUUGGCGUAGAAUCACUCGAGCUGGAUCGGCUCGUAAUUUUGAUUUCCUUGGCGAUUCCCUUCUCUAAACACCACUUUUUCCAAACCGACAACCAAAAAGCAGUGCUUUUUGUAGUGUCUUCGUUGUUAAAGCUGUUUUUCAGCAGUGGCGAAAGAAAAUCUACUUAAAACGCUGACCAUUGUUUCGCUCGUAAAUUUCCAUCGUAGCCAAAUGUUGCGUCAUCCAAGGCUCGCAUUUUAUUAGCUAUCAGUGAGUAUCUCUGAUUAUUGGUUUGUUACUUUCUUUGCACUGAAUUAACCCUCUUCUGCAUUGAAUUACCUGAAAACUGCAUUUAUAUUAACCAAUCAGAACUGAGUAAUUUUUUCAUGUAUAUUUAUUUAGUAUUUAAAUGUGGGUAUUAUUAGUAUUGGAUGUAGAUAGAUUCAAUCAUCAAUUUCUUGUUUUAAUUUAAUCAUGUAUUUGUAGUUUCAAUCCCGACGGUAAUUUUCUAUUACUUUUUACCUCUUAGACUUGACUAAGACACGACCACAUCAGCUAGACUGUAAUUUUUCGUGGAUAAAUAAGUACCUUCAUUAGUGUUUAGCACUUAUUUUACGAAGGCACGCCGAAUAUGAUGUGAUAAUUGGGCGUAACACUCUAAUAAGGAAACGUAACGUGAGGGCGUAAUCUGGUCCCAAGACAAAUAACUUCACAACAUUAUGUAGGCUCCGGGAAGAUUUUCACCGACGAAAAUAAGGGAUAUGAAUCGAGGAAAGAGAUGUCAUUCGAGUAGCUUAAGAAUACCUUGUCUGUUGGUCCUACGUCAGAUUUGAGUCUUUCUAUGAUGUUCUUGGAUGUCUGACGUUAGAAAAUUUAUUUACUUCUAAUCAGACAGUUUCUUUCCAUUAUUUUCCGAAGUUCACAAAAUGUUUUCAAGUCUGAAAUUCAGUUAAGGUGGUUAAAAGGAUUUGGAAGCUAUUCUAAAAUGAUAAAACCUAAGCUAAUGUAACUUAAGUCGAUUUAAGGUUCAAUUAAAUUUGCUGGCUCGCAGGUCUGCUUGAGCUUAGUUGAAUAAAGGUGGUAAAGUUCUAAGGAA